CGGAUGUGAAACAGCUGCAUCAUGAAGUUUCACUCUGAGUCUGACGGUCUCUGAAAGACUGUGUUUACUGCCCAGAGUCUGUUUAAGUGGAUCAGUUGUUCAGUGGUUCAGUAGAUCAGUGUGCGAUGUUGGUGCCAGUGAAAGCUCACCGGUGGACGGGGGGUGUCGAUUCGUCAGUGAAAGAGAUCCGGAGGUUUGAAAUAGCUAAAGAAGCCACUAUUGGAUGUCUGAGAGGGAUAAUUGCAGAACUGUUUGAUGUGUCAGAAGGAAGCUUUAAGCUGUACUAUAAAGAUGAUGAUGAAGACAUUGUGGCGUUUUCCUCUGAUAAUGAACUGAAGACGGGUCUGACCUGCAUGAAGAACGGCCUCUUCCGCGUCUUUAUCGAAGUGAAUAUAUACUACUACAAUGCCGAUGGCUACUGACCUCUGAGAACAUCUGCUGGA